AUGAUAUCAGAAGACAGCGGCCAUUCAAGCCCACGGACAUCCAAGACACCGCUCUCCUCAUCUGUCAGCCUACCGGUCGGUGCAUCGAAGAGACGAUUUUCCAAGGUCGGGAGAAAACAGAGCAAUGGGUCGGUUCAAUCUAGCUCUUCCAGUGACAAGUCUGCAGAGAGUGUGGGCAUUAGGCAACCUGCCAAGAGCAAGAUCCGUUGGCACAAUCACCGUCUGUCAGCUGUCUUCAGCCGGAGUCUGCCAGGAGGCACCAGGGAAAUGGCUUGCACAGGAGACCAGCAAGCGGUGACAGAGGACCCAUCGGAGUUGUCCAAUCACAUCACAGCACCAGGUAUACUGAAGAUUUUUGGCAGUGAGAUCUGCGAAGGAGCCAACUACAAGAGUGUGCUGGCCACCACCCUCUCUAGUGCCAAGGAGUUGGUCAAAGAGGCGCUUGAGAGGUACAGUUUGAACAAAGCGGAGGCAGAUGCCUUUGUUCUGUGUGAUGUGAUAGGAUGCUUUAAGGACCACCAGUGGAGGACUGAGUGUUUUCGUGUAGUGGGUGACAACGAGAAACCUCUUCUGCUUCAGUCGCUAUGGAAACCUAAAGAAGGCUAUGCCCGGCGAUUUGAGAUUCAGCGACGAACCAGCGUUGAAGAAAAGAGUUCCAAAGACAAGGACACGGUGACAGCCGGCAUCAAUGCUCAGGCGCGUAAGUUGCAGAAGAUUCGCUCUCGAGGGAGGUCGGUUCUCUUGGACAGGAGAGACUACGGUGACAUGAUGGACUGUGGGAUGGCUUUGUGGAGAAGCCUCAGCGAGAUGAAUCUCGUGGCCGAGGGCCAAGGCCCUCGCGGGUCGGGCUGCGGUGAGGCUCGGCGCAACUACAAAGUCCAAUCGCAGGGGAAGGACGUCGAGUCAGAAGAAGCCCACAAAGCAGCCCACUGUCCUGCCAACGAAAGGGAGGAGACGGAGAGUAGCGACGACAGCUCCACACAGUAUUCCAUUCACCCGCCCCUAGACUUCCCCUAUUUCCUGCUACUUCAGGGCCACAGUUACAGACAGGAUUUUGUCAUUUAUCCAUUGAAUGGGAAGAAUACGGUGUUCGGCCGCUGCGACGAGCAAACCCACAGGCAGAAUGAGUCAAAGGCCUCUGAUGUACUGCUCUGGGCUGAUGAUAUUCUGCUCCAACACUGUUGCGUGUGGCGCCUGGACGUCAGACCAAGCUCUGAGCAGGGACAAAGCAGUAGGAGAGGAGGUUGCAUUACAGUACUGGAACCCUAUCAUGGUGCCUUGGUCAGAAAGAAUGGAGUUACCAUCAGCCAGGAGGCUGAGCUGCAGUCUGGGGAUAUUAUAGGCUUGGGCGACCACUACCUUUUUAUGUUCAAAGAUCCCACUGCUUCAGCGAUGGAGGCCUCUCCAGCUGUGUCCGUACCCUGCCUCACUGUGAGGUCUGGUUCUCACAGGAGACCUUCGCUCUGUAAAACAUGUGUCUUAUCUCUGUCUGAGACCCCAGGGGAGACCUGUGCUUUGGGAAAAGCCUUGCCCUGUCUCAGAGACAGUGAGGGGAGAGAGCUCAUCGUAGUGUAUGAUCCGGAAUAUGAGCCAGAGGUCCUGAAGAAUAUCUUUACCAUGGAGAACCAGCGCCAUGAAGCGCACAGUCUGACAACGUCUUUUCUGCUGUGUUUAUGUCUUCAGCGGUCUGUCACGCAUUUCCAAACAGCUGACCUUCGGCGACUUAUUUUAAAUGCGGCUAAUGACGUUCAGAUAGCUGUAUGGGAAAAGGCUAAGGAGCUUGCAGCUAUUCAGCCUGAAAUUGCCAAUGACGGUAGCAUGGACACAGAAGGGCUGCAACCACUGACGAUGGAGAAGUUGAUCCCUGGCCUGCAGCCUUUGGUCCUGUGGAUGGCUAACUCCAUUGAACUACUUCAUUUUAUACAACAGGAGGUGCCUCUUCUGCUUCAUGGAAUCUCCCAAGAGGAAGAGGAAGAGGAGGAAGACUGUAUGGCUGUGCUGGAGUUGCGCUUGUCUUCUAUUCGAUCAGCCAGUGAAGAAGCCAUGACUGUCCUGGAGGAGGUCAUUAUGUUUACCUUCCAACAAUGUGUUUAUUACCUCACCAAGAUCCUGUACCCUGUGCUUCCAGGCCUGUUGGACAGUAACCCUUUCUCAGAGAGUGGUCAGCUGCAGGUCCCAGAGGAUGUUGGCAUUGUCCUGGACAUAUUUAAAGAGACGCUGCAACUGCUCAAAGAUUGUCAUGUACACCCGGACGCUUCCAUGCAACUUUUCACCUAUCUCUUCUUCUUCAUCAAUGCUUUUCUCUUCAAUCUGCUUAUGGAAAGAGGUUCAGGAGGGACCUUUUUCCACUGGUCUCGUGGGGUUCAGAUCAGGGCUAAUUUAGACCUACUGAUGGACUGGUCACAUGGUGCAGGUCUCGGAGAUAUUGCGCAAGGAUUCCUCCUCAAACUCUCCUCUGCCAUCAACUUGCUGGCCAUGCCUAAAGAAAACCUGUUACAGGCAUCCUGGGGCUCCUUAAGGACUGAGUUUGCCUUGUUGAACCCAGCUCAGCUACACCACAUGUUGAGAGAGUACAACCCACGGCGUUCAUGCCCCUCUGCCUGGACUCCAUCCACUGAUGAAGCCAGCGCCGCCCUCAGAACCAGUGACAUCUUGGAGAGUUUCGACAACCAUCCUCCCCUUAACCUGCCCCUUAACGGUUUUUUUCUGGAACUGAAGAGGCCUAUCAAUGAAGCUAGUUUACUAACUGAGCUCUUCAGGCUUCAGGAGUUUAUCAAAAGCCUCUCUGUUACCGAGUCAGAAGUAAACAUGGCGGAACCUCCUCAGCUAGACUCUCCAAUGCCAAUGGAAGCCAAACUCACCAAAAUAGAAGUUCUCCCAAAAGCACAAUUGGAACUGAGUCACACAGAGAUUGUUUUGCCUCAAGACGCUGACUCAUCAUGUUCUGUCGGAACAAGUGGUCUGGGCUCCUGUGAAGCCAUCCUGGCCCAAAAGCUUAGGAGUCUUGAACUUCAGAAGAAAGAGCCAGACUACAGUGGUCCUAAGCGCUCAGCCUUGGACCCUUCGUGUUUGCUCACCCCCCCAAAUACACCGCAAAGUAUGGAGUUACUGGACUCAGAGUCGGACCAACAAAAGCUUGGUGCUCAGCACCAUCAUGUUGGCAACAGCCUGGAUACAUUCAAGCAAGAGGAAGGUGAUAGCGGUUGACUUGAGCUUCCAGGAGAAGAGGUGUUCACAGUGGAAUUACAGAGGGGGAGAAAUGGACUAGGCUUGGCUCUUGUAAAUGGAGCGGAAACGCCACUUAAAAUAAGCGGCAUUUACAUCAAGUCAGUAAUACCUGAGUCUCCUGCAGCGAUGUGCAGCAGACUGAGUCCAAGUGAUCGUAUACUAGCAGUCAAUGGACUCAGCUUGGUGAAUGUCGACUACCAUAUCGGCAGAGAAAUCAUUCAGAAAUCAGGAGACAGGCCUCGGUUAUUGGUUGCUAGGUCUAAAUGCACAAGCAAGGACAUGAUGCCAAACCUCUGA